AAACGAUUGACGCACGAGGAUGUGAGUUAGUGAGUGAACACAAACACACAACAAGAUACAAGACAACAAACCCACACGCAUGAAAUUUCUAUGAUCUUGUCAAUGGUUUUAAACUGCAACUGCAAUUGCGGCCGUAAUAUAAAAGAUUUUAAUAUCUCUACUAGUAUUGCCAGUAUUUUAUUGCAUUUUGGUGCAAUAUAAAAAUUUACCGUGUAAUUGUGACUUUCUGUGACCGCAAUUGUAAUUUAAAACCAUAUGAUAUCAUCAUCCAUCAAGAUGAUGUAAUCAACGGCACAAAAAAAGACACGUGGCCGACAUGCACAUAAGAGAGUCGAAAGAAAGCAUUGGAGUAAUAGAAGAAAGAAGAAUAUCCUAAUUAAGGGUGAGGUAUAGUGGGGAGUAGCAUGAUGAGGGAUGCAUACACAGAGGAUCUUUUAUCUAAGCUAAGCAUCAUACACUUGGCCCCAUGCAACCUUCUUUCACUCCAUGCUUUUUCUUGUUCAAUCAUAUACCACCAGUUUUCAACCUCUUCUAUUUUUUCCAUUCUACUAAUCUAUAUUUACAACUAUUGAUCAAUGAGUUUAAUUAUCAUACCAUGCUUUUCAUACAUUACUAUGUUGACUAAUCCCAACGAACCACUCUCUCUCUCUUCUCCUUAAUUAACACUAAUUGACUUGAUUAAUGACCAAACAUUCUCAUAUACUCACCUUUUUUAGUUGCUCUCUCUGUUUCUAGCUAAUACAAGUUACAGAUACAACCUAUUAUCUCUCUCUCUCCCCCUCUCUCUCUCUCACUCAGGAUCAUUCAUCUCAGCUUCACAUGUUCAUAUGCUUCAAAACUAUACAACUUUUUGAAUAGUAAGGAUUUCUCUGCUUCAUAAGAUUCAAUUAGUGGCACCAAUAUUAUUUAUAGUUACAUCCUUACUUACAGGUAAGUUCUCUUCUCUUCUUGCUCAAAACUCUAAAUUUUUUGAGACAUUUCUAGUUUUGUUACUGUUUGAUGAAGUGCUUUAUUUUGUUAGUAUACUAUAUAGUAUAUUAUAGAGAGAUAAACAUGGGGGGUAGUAAUUUAAUUAUAGCAUUCCUCUUUUGACUUCCCAUUCCUCAACCUAUUAUUAAUUAAUUAAAAGAUUAAAGGUCAUAAAGAUGGCACUUUUGGUAGAGGAUAAGAAAAUUGAAGAAAAGGUAGGUUCUGCUUAUAAAAAUCCAAAAGUAAAGGGACAAAAAGAAAAUAAUAAAAACCUUCUUGUGGGGGUGAGGGGACUAGUAGGAGGGUAAAAGACAAGGGAGCUUGAGAAUUCAAGAAUAAAAUGUGCCAUCCAAGAAUCAAAUAUAAAAUUACAAAUGUCAAUGAUUCAGUACAGAGAAAAGUUAGCUCAUGGUUUUAAAUUGUGGUCCGCAACAUCAAUUGCGGCUCAGAUACGUAAUUUUGACCGCAUCAGCCACAAUAUAAAGGUUUGCAGCGUAACCGCAAUUGUAGCCAGGAUUAUAACCUUAACCUUUUAUGAUUUUUGAUUGAAUUGGGAUCUGUGAAAGUUACCUCUGGCUCUAAGAAAAAGUUGUCAUGGAGAGGCAUCAGAUGCAAUCUUAUUAGGUAAGAGAAACAUGAAAGACUUUUCUUGUGUGUAGUGAAAGUGAUGAGUGUCUUGCCACAAACACUGGUUUUUGCUUUACCACUAUCUGUCUCUGAAAGCACAGACCAUACUCCAUGUCAGAUUUCAACAACAAAUGAAUGAACAGUACUAAGCAUGGCCUAGCACUAACAUCAUAUCAUAUCCUCAAUAAAUUAAAAUAACCAAUGAGUGCAUAUUCUUCAUCAUCUAUUUGUUCUUCCUAUAUUGUUUUUUCAUUUAUAUAAAAUUUGAAGCAAAUCAGAAACAAACCAUGAAGAAGACAUGAUGGUUUUAUGAACUAACUAAUUCCUUGUGAAUAAAAUUGAGAAGAAAAGAGAAAGAAAGGUAAAAAGUUGGAUUCCAAUUCUUGAUUCCUAUAUACUUAAUAGGGAAGGAGAGGGAUAAUUGAUAGAGAGGACCACAGCAGUGGACCACUCUCCAAGUUUCAACUGAAUAAAGAAAAAGCAUACACUAGUUUUUGUAUCAAAUUCUUUAGAGACACAACACAACACAAUGAAAGUGACUUAACAAAGUAGCCUCACAAAAACAAUAUCAAAUAUAAUAUAUAUGCUUUCUGUUAGGUAACACACUAGUAGUAGUUUUUUUAUUGCUUUCUCUCGGAUUUUCAGUAUCAUUGUCUCAAACAUAACCUUAUAUAUAUGUGGAAUUAAAAAUGUACCUUCUAAAGUGAUUGUGGUGUGAAUAGUUGAGUACAUACUUGUUUUAGAUGUACAUAUACAGUUAUACACUUCUGAGAUACUGUAAAAUUUCUAUAAUGAUUGGCUUGCCUAUUAGUUAAUUCCAAACAUGCUUUACCAUUGAUUCUCUAGCCAAGACACAUCAGUGUGAAGGUAAUCAUGUAUGUUUAUGCAUGCACAAUGCAUUUUCUGCCAUGGUCCUGCUUCUUUAAAUUAUGUGGGGUUGGAACUUGGAUGUGUAUUCUUUUUUGGAUGAAACAUACAUGUGUCAUCCUAAUGAAGGCAAUUAUGUUUGAGGCGGACACGUCAACAAUGAUAAGACCUCUUUUUGGAAGAAAAUAAAACAGUAUUUUAAUGAUCCCCUUGGAGAAAAUACUAACAUAGUAACAACUAAUAUACUAGAAAUUGUAUAUCCAAAAAACAAGAUUCAGCUAUAGGAAAGUUUGUAGGCUAAGGAUCAAGUUUAUGGAAGAUUUUUGUGACUAGGGUCAACGUUUUAACUCAAUUAUUGCCACUUUCCUAUUAUCCUCAGCUCCUUUUUUCCCUGUAUUUUCUUUUUUGAAAAGGAAAAAAAAAAAGAGACACAGCAUUCAAUAUGUUUUAUUAGUAACUUAAGCUUGUCUUCCAACAGUUAUUUCAGUUCUCAUUGUUGUUGGUUCAGUGUUUUGUUACAUAUGUCAUCAGGAACAGGCACAUGAAGCAGAAAAAUCUGAAGGCUGAUGUUGGUCAAUGAGAAAGUUUUAAUUCACUUCUUCACCUACUCAAUUCAGCUUUAAUGUUUGAAGUAACUUCCAAAGGUGUUACUACCAGAGAGUAGAGACAGGUGUGCAGUGCAUGCAUCUAGCAAAAUUCUCUAAGCAGUUAACAGAGGGAAUGAUGCCAUAAACUGGAAUUCUUGUUUUUUUCCUUUGGUGAAGUGACGACAUCAUCUUCUAUGAAUUGAAUAGCUAUCAGUUUUAUUAUAUACAAAAAUCAAUGAGAUUGACUGUUGCGAAAUAAAUACAACUUCAGGCACUGAAGUAGAGGUUUUUCUUGUCGAUUUGGUAUAGAAAACAACAAACAAAAAUGAAAUUCAUGAAACUUGGGACAAGGGCAGAUACUUUCUACACAGAACAAGCUACCAGGACAUUGACAUCAGAUAUACCCUCAGACCUUGUAAUACAAAUCAAUGAUGUUACUUAUCUGCUACACAAGUUUGCCCUUCUUCUGAAAUGUGGACUCCUACAAAGGCUUUGCUAUGAUUCUAGUGAUUCAGAGAAUGUCACUGUGGAGCUUCAUGAUAUACCUGGAGGGGAAGAUGCUUUUGAACUCUGUGCUAAGUUUUGUUACGGAAUUUCGAUCAACAUUAGUGCUCAUAACUUUGUAUCUGCAUUCUGUGCUGCCAAGUUCCUUAGAAUGAACGAUUCCGUUGAGAAGGGAAACUUUGUAGGAAAACUUGAGGCUUUCUUCAAUUCAUGCAUUCUUGAAAGUUGGAAGGAUCCCAUUGCAACCCUUCAAACUACUUCCACAUUACCAGAGUGGUCUGAGAAUCUCGGUAUUGUAAGAAAGUGCAUUGAUUCAAUCAUUGAGAAAAUUCUCACACCCUCACAACAGGUCAAAAAAAACAAACUUAGUUUCAUCACAUUUCCUUGUAUGAAUUUUUUGUUGUUGUUGUUCAUAGAUGAUAAUUCUGUGCAGGUCAAAUGGUCCUUCACCUACACCAGGCCUGGAUACAACAAAAAACAGCACCAUUCUGUCCCAAAGGAUUGGUGGACUGAGGAUGUUUCUGAUCUAGACAUAGAUCUUUUCAGGUGCAUAAUAAUGGCUAUUCGAUCAACGUAUGUUCUUCCCCCUCAGCUUAUUGGUGAAGCUUUGCAUGUCUAUGCCUGCCGGUGGCUACCGGGCAUCACAAAGCUUAAUAAAAGUUCAAGUAGUUCAGCAUCUCAAACAGAAGAAUCCAAGCAGAAAAAUAGAAAAAUUCUUGAAACAAUUGUAAGCAUGAUUCCUGCAGAUAGAGGAUCUGUUUCAGUUGGAUUCUUGUUUAGACUUCUCAGCAUUUCAAUUCAUUUGAAUGCCUCCUCAGUGAUAAAGACAGAACUGAUAAGAAGAGCUAGCUUACAGUUUGAGGAGGCAACAGUGAGUGACCUUCUUUAUCCUUCAAAAUCCUCUUCUGACCAGAAUUAUUAUGAUAUAGAAUUAGUUCUAGCAGUGUUGGAAACUUUCCUAAAGCUUUGGAAAAGAAUGUCCCCUGGUGCUGUGGAUAACAGCUACUUUUUGAGAUCAAUCAGAAAUGUCGGCAAACUCAUAGAUUCCUAUCUUCAAGUGGUUGCAAGAGAUGAUAAUAUGCAAGUUUCAAAGUUUGUUUCUCUUGCCGAAACCGUGCCGAGCAUUGCUCGAGUAGACCAUAAUGAUCUAUACCAGGCAAUUGACAUCUACCUUAAGGUGCAUCCGGACCUAAGUAAGGCAGACAAGAAGCGACUGUGUGGGAUUCUAGACUGCCAAAAACUAACACCAGAAGUGCGUGGACAUGCAGUAAAAAACGAGCUUCUGCCAUUAAGAACUGUAGUGCAGCUUCUCUACUUUGAACAGGAGAAAGGGUCUACGGCAAACGCCACCAGUCACAAACUGCUAAAACAACAUGAGAUAAUUCUAGGAGCAAAACAAAGAACAACUACAAAGGAUAGCCAAAGCAAGCAAUCUUUAGGACCAGAGUUCAAUGGAGAUGUCACAAGAGCCACACAGAUUCUUGAAAGUAGAGAAAAAGAUCACCACAGAAAUAGAAGGUUGGAUGCAAAUUUGCCACUAGACAUGGAAAAAAAGAUGGUAAUAAGAGGAAGAGACAUUGAAGAGACAGAUUCAGAAAUGGUGAGAGGAGCCAAAGAUGAAAGUAGUUCAAGCUACAAGUUGGAAGUUGAUCCUAAGAAAAUCAUAAGAAGGGCACGAAGUAAAUCAGAACAUAGCAAUAAACGGGCAGAUAGAGAAAAAUAAUUUAUAUUCUUUGAAGAAUUCAAAGAAAAUCACAGUUCAAACCACCCUUAUAUGCAAUUUGUAGCUUAAAUUCUUUCUUUUUACCCUUAUCAUAAAUGUAAUAACUUAAUAAUCUUUGUACUGUCUUUCCCCUGGAGUUGUAUCUAGAUAUUUUUUAUUUGGGAAAGCAGACAGUAUGUAUUGUGAGGAAAUAUUAAUUGCAUAGGUUAUUGUGAGAUUACGUUUCAAAAUUCAGAAUCAAUUAUCAAUCA